AGUAUGAGGACGAGUCGGGGUGGGUGACUGCUCGUGUCUGGAGGCGACGCCACAGUGGUGCGGCCUGAACCUGCUGUUCUCUCCCGAAGGCGGUGAUAGCAAGGGGCGGGAGGCGGGCCCCCGAGUUCCCAGCAUUGGACACUUGAAUUAACUGUCAGAAGAGAAAUGGAAGAACCAUAGAACAUUAAGGAUGAAUUCGGGAAGGCCUGAGACCAUGGAAAACUUGCCUGCACUCUACACUAUUUUCCAAGGAGAGGUUGCCAUGGUGACAGACUAUGGAGCCUUUAUCAAAAUCCCAGGAUGUCGGAAGCAAGGUCUGGUCCAUCGAACUCACAUGUCUUCCUGUCGGGUGGAUAAGCCCUCUGAGAUAGUAGAUGUUGGAGACAAAGUGUGGGUGAAGCUUAUUGGCCGAGAGAUGAAAAAUGAUAGGAUUAAAGUAUCUCUCUCCAUGAAAGUUGUCAACCAAGGGACUGGGAAAGACCUCGAUCCCAACAACGUUAUCAUUGAACAAGAAGAGAGGCGGAGGCGGUCCUUUCAGGAUUACACUGGACAGAAGAUCACCCUUGAGGCUGUCCUGAACACUACCUGCAAGAAGUGUGGCUGUAAAGGCCACUUUGCAAAAGAUUGCUUCAUGCAACCAGGUGGGACCAAAUAUUCUCUGAUACCUGAUGAGGAAGAAGAAAAAGAAGAGGCAAAGGCAGCAGAAUUUGAGAAGCCUGAUCCCACAAGGAAUUCUUCAAGAAAAAGAAAGAAGGAAAAGAAGAAAAAGAAACAUAGAGACAGGAAGUCAUCUGACUCUGACAGCUCAGACUCUGAGAGUGACACUGGCAAGAGGACAAGACACACGUCAAAAGACAGCAAGGCAACAAAGAAAAAGAAGAAGAAGAAAAAGCACAAGAGGAAGCACAAGGAGUGAGAGUGGGGGGGGGGGGCGCUGAGAGAAUAAGGAGCCAGGAGGUGUGCUUGAAGCUCUGGCUCCUGGAAAGACUCGGUAGUGAGAAUGCAGCCUCCCACCCACUGGCUGUUCCCAUGGGAGACGCCUUUCCCUCAUGCAGCCGGCAACUUUGGGAGCUAGAAGGCAAAAAGCAGCUGCCUGAAUGAGUUGUUUUCUUAUCGCUCCUGAUCCCAUUGCAAGUGACCCCUGCAGCCCACUCAUUCAUUCUCCCAGCUUCCUUCAUACAGCAGGAGGUACCGUUAUCCUCCCCAGCUGCCACUGCCAGAGCUGGAUCCCCUGCAGGAGUCCAGGCUAGAGCCACAAGUACUGCUGUAGAGGUGAGCCUGGGUAUAGCUAGAGAACAGUGAUUGGCUCUUUCCUGUCAGUCUGUGUUGGACCAGUUGGUGAGUGGUCUUUCCUGCCUGCAGCUCAAGAGCAGGAGACUGGCAGCAGAAGGGAGAACUUGGUAAGAACCGACUGGUGCUCACUUUUUCCAUUCCCUCAACAUGGUUCUACUAUGCUAGAAGUGACCACAGCCAGAAAACCAUCAUUUGCAGUGUGACUUAUCUUGUGUAUGACAUUCCAACAGACACCACUGAACCAGACAUCUGAAGCCAAGGUCAUUGCUCUGCUUUCUGUUUAUUACUGUGUGAGUUGAUUCCACUUCAGGUCUCUGCUUAAAUUCCUAGCACUAAAUGGAAGUGUGUUUGGUUUUAAACU